UGCUGUAAAAGUGUCGGAAAGUGAGAGCUACCCGCGUUUAGUAUCGUGUGUAUUAGAGAUAUAAACAAUGUUCGCGUCCAGAAAACACAACGGUUGUACAAUGGUUGAGUAAUUUCUGAACACAGGCAAUCUCAGACUGACUCUGACAAAUUAAUCUCAAUAUUAUAUUAAUGUCGGUAAAAAAUGAACAUAGUAAAUGCUUUACAGAGACGAGAGGGCGGACUAGAAUCAUUACGAGAUUAUGAUAUUCCUUUAUAUCGUUUGACAUGCUGGUAUAACGAUGUAUAUCAUGGGAUAACGUCGAAUACAAACAGGUAUGAUGUUUAUUCUGACCCACUAGUGUUUGCGUGUAGCUUUUCCACUAAGCCAGGAUACGAGGAAGUUCUUGGUUUGGCAAAUGAAACUGGACAUAUUGCUCUUCAAGAUACAACAGUCCAAGGAAGACAUAAUGAGCCAUUAGGUGGAAUACAGGCACAUGCCAAUGCAAUUUUUGAUCUUGCUUGGAUGCCUGGAGAAUUGAAGCUGGUUACAGUAGCAGCGGAUCACACAGCACGCUUAUGGGAUGUCAGUACAUUUGGAAGGUCACAAAUUAAAGAAUUGAGUUGUUUUCAUGCACAUACAAGAAGUGUAAAAACUGCAGCAUUUCGUCAUCAGGAUAAAGCGGUUUUUGCAACGGGGGCUAGGGAUGGCGUAAUUAUGAUAUGGGACAUCAGAGCCAGCCAUUUUGACCAACCCAGACCAGAUAAUUGCAUUACCUCUGGACAUCCUGUUGGUAGGGCAACCAAAAGGAAACCAAAGUUACUUCAACCGUCACGAUCACAAAGCAUCACAGGUUUAACGUUUCAGGAUGACUUUACGUUAAUUUCGUGUGCUGCGGGCGACGGUUUCAUUAAAGUAUGGGACCUACGCAAGAACUAUACAAUCCAUAAAAGGGAACCACUUGCCAAACAUGAAAUUAAAUAUGCAGGAAGUAGUUCCAAGAACGGUUUCUCCUCUCUGUUGCUGUGUCCAGCCAAGACUACAUUAUACGCAAGUUGCAUGGACCAUGUUAUAUAUGCCUAUAAUUUAUCAUCGUCUGGUCACGAGUCUGUGGGGACGUUUUACGGGCAUCAAAAUGAUUCGUAUUACGUAAAAACCUGCUUGAGCGCCGACGGUCGCUACCUUGCCAGCGGAUCUAGUGACAGUCUUGCGUACAUUUGGCGUACCAACAAACCGGGUAGACCGUUAAUCAAACUCCUGGGCCACAGGGAAGAAGUUACUUGUAUCACCUGGUGCAACGUGGGUGACAUAAAGAUAGUGACUUGCUCGGACGAUUCCUACCACAGAAUAUGGAGAGUUGGAUAUGAGCACAAAGUAGAGAACGAAGAAGUGGAAAUAUGUGGUCGAGCUCAGCCUGUAAUGGAAGAAUGUAUAUAUACGAGGAGAACUGAAACUACUCCAUCAACCACCGAUAUUCUACAUUGCGAUAGGACACCAGGUUCGGGCAGUGCUUCGGGUGCCACUCCCAGCAACGAGCAUGACGCCAAUCAUAGAGAGGACCAAAAUAAUACACCCGUCUCAAGUAAACGCAGUUAUUUUCAAAUGAUGGCAAGAGUAAGGUCCGAGGAGAAUCUCCCAUUUGUUUUGUCUGCUGUCGGCGAGACGAAACGAGUGCGCACGGAAUGUCGUGGUACACGAAGAUUAUUAUUCACCACAGACAACAAGAGCACUUCCAGUUCGGAUAAUGCAACUGAGUCGAACGAGCGGAAUACAGACGUCCUUUCCUCACCUACGGUGAACCUACCGAAUUUCGUGAUAGACGGGACUGCGCCGCACUUGCUUCAGAUAUCGCCGCAAAAGCAGAAGAAGGACGUCGAUUGGUUGACGAAGUUCAGGAAAGAGAGAUACGAUCAGAAAUUUGGUGUAUUCUCUCUGGGGUGCAGUCCUAAGAGCAGAACGGCACCUGCUCGAAGGACUUUCAGGAUGCGAUCGCACGAUUCCCCGAAAGUAUCAAAAGCGACGAAGAAUCCGGUGUCCCCUCUGUUAUACUUUUUCAAAGCUUUCAAUACCUGCGACAAGGAUCCCUCCACCGCCGAAGAUGGUAAUAAUGUGCCUUCGACAAGUAUAGAUUCGAAAUGACAACAGACAUCGAAUUAUAAUGGAAUUUUGGCUAAGAUCCAUGGUGGCUAAAAUUGUUCACUUCAGAUUUCCAUCGCUGAUAUUUUUUUUUUUGCAUAUUCCCGGUGUUACAAUUCCUUAGUUAAACAAGAGAAGCUUUAAGAUGUAUUCGAAAAUUUGCCAACGAUGAUACGUGUGAGAGAGAAAAAAGUAUUUUAUAUUAAUAUACGUAUAUUAUAAAAGAAAUUGAUAUAUAGGAUAUCUCUGAAUUUAAAUACCACACCCCCGUUUGCAGAUUGAAGGCACUUCGAACUGAAUAGAAAAAUCCUAUAUCGUUUUUUUUUUUUAUUAUAGAACGUCUUUAUUAAUAGAUAUUAAUUAGGAGCGCGAGCGUGGUAUAGUGGACUGGUGUACCGGUGGAAACCAAAAAUAUUUAUGCUCGUGUCUCUUCUCGGAAAGAAGUGGCAACCUACCGAGCGUAUCUUUGCCAUGAACGCUUUUCGAAAAAAUUUGCCGUUCGAAACCUGCGUUAAACUGUAGGUCCCACAUACUUGUGUAUAAUCAGCGUAUACGCAGGCAGAUGAGAGAAAGGUCACCACGCCCGGAUACGGACAAUAGGAGAAGGAAGGAAAGAAUAUUAAUUAUAAAUUAAGAUAGAUUGGCAUAUGAAUUCAAAGAAUGUGGCAAAAUGCACAAGAAAUGAUACCUUUCUGUUCUGUUGAAGGCUCUACCUGCAUACGGCGAGUGUGUUGCAUUAAAAAAAUUCAAACAUUCUAUAUGUUAAUUUCACAGGUGAAGUUGUCAAAAACUUUGAUGUAUAAUUGAUGGAAUUGAGAGCUCAAUUAACUAAAAGAUGAUAAUUCAUAGUAGCUUAAUUACACAAUCAUAAUUAAGGAUCGGCUAUCCCGGGAUAGUCCAAUGUUUAUAAGAAGUAAGAAUAUAAGAAAUUAACCAAUUAUAGUCGAUUAUUCUCCUUAUAUUAUGAUUGGACAAUUUUUUAUUCUUCUUAUGAAUAUACUUCUAAUGCCCAUUGUAGACUACACUUCAGAGUCCAGUUAGUCCCGAUCUACAAUAGGUGUAGUAAAUUUUAAGCCGUAAGAAAUUGACCAACCACAGUCGAAUUAUAGGGGAAAAAUCAAUUAUGAUUAGUCAAUUUCUUACGGUUUAAAGCUUAUUACAUCUACUAUAGAUCGAGAUUAAGCGCUCUGUAGUUAUACGACAAUGAACACAUCUUAAUCAAUUCAUACUCAAGUAGGUCCUUUUGAUUCCAUUAAUUAUAUUGAUAUUUUAUCAUAAGAUUAGUAGAGCUUAUGAAAAUGGUUAAAGAGUGAUAAGAAAAUUCCUAUGGUCUGAUUUACAACGUGAUAAAAAGUUCAAAACAAAAUAUUAAAACUUAGUAUCACUUGCUAUAUGUACCUUGCAACUUUCUGAAACCAAGAUUUAUGGAAAACAGAUUUGAUUAAGUGUAAUCUGAUGCAAAAUCAAAUUUCUAAUGCAAAUAAUACACAAAUCUUUAUCUUAAAUUUAAUGUAAGUUGACGAUUAUAAUUAAAAUAUUUUUUAUACA